UAUACAUUUAAUGUUAUGGUACAACUUUGAGUUGUACAUUAAAGCAUCAAUGUUAUAUAGCAUAGUAGAAGUGCUCAUCUUCUGAUAAAAAAAAACUUAUAAUGUGAUUAUAUUCUAAACUCACAAAGAAAGAAUUGAACAAAAGAGUUGGUCCUAUUUUUAAUCGAGAUUGCGAAACCAUAUUUUACGCUGAAUCGUUGUUUAACCGGGGUUCAAUCGUUUUAUAUCUCUAAAUCCGUCUACCAAUUUAAAUUUGAUAAUAAAUUUGUUCGAUCGGACCACCAGUACAGUACGAUUUCACAAACUAUAAUUGGUUUGCAAGUGGAUUGUGAUCAUGCCUGGUGUUGACAUUUGCUAUCUUCAUUCUUUGAAAGUGAAGUUUGCUAGUUAUUGGAUCCCCAUUUCGUCAUCCUUUCCUUUCAAUUUAUUUUAAAGUUGCUAUUAUGUUUUACAUAUAAAAAUGACACAUUUAAAUAAGGAUAGGGUGUACUUUUGAUUUUGGGUGUAUGUGAUACACCUGCUUUCACAAUUGUUAUUUUGUUCACUCAAUUUGUCUCGUAAAGAUAUAAAUUAUAAUUUCCAGUUGUAUAACAAUAAACAAGAAAUUUGGUGAAUUUACAUGGAUUGUCAUUCGCUAGUAUUUUAAAGAUUUCUGAAACUUGCUCGGUGCAACUUCAACAAUUCAUCUAAUGCUUUUUACGAGAUGAAUUCUCAUGAGUAAAAAUGAAUGAAUAAGUUGUCAUCGACUAAGAAACAGAAGCGGUUGAUAGAAUUACAUGCUAUUUUUUGUUGGGACUAUGUGAUAAAAUUUAUUAAUGAAAUUACGUGAAAAAAUAGAUUACACGCAUGAAUAUAUAAAUAAAUUUGUAUAUUAGUUCCUUAAUAAGUAAGAUUGUGCAAUGAUGGAUUUAUAAAACUGAGUUGUCUCAUUUAUUUUCCUAGACAGUGUGAGUAACAAAAAACACGGUUUUUUCUUAAGAACUUAGCAUUAUUUUUAAUAUAGGUGUCUUGCAUGUAGGGUUGUUAAUGAACCAACCCGCUCAUGAAUGAUUUGGUGUUCGAUUCAAAAAAAACUUGUUCGACAUUCGGCUCGUCUUUAAACGAGCAACCUCGCGAACACAAGCUCGUCUGUAAACGAGUCGAGCUCGAGUCAUGACAUGUUUAGUUUGAUAGGCUCGCGAACAAGCUCGAAAGCCUUAGUUUUUGUCGCUGGUGUCUUGUGAGCUGAAUUUGAGCUCGAGUUUGAGCUACAAUCGACAUUUUAUCAUAUGAACUCAAUCUUUACUCGUUAAACUCAUUUGGAAAGCUUACCCGAGCUUCUAUUUUUGUAAACAAGCCGAACUCGAACUUGCCUAUUAAAGCUCGUGUCGAACUCGAACCGAGAUCAAGAUUAUUUAAUCAAACUGAACCCGAAAUAUGGCAAACCUCGACUUCGAUCAUUCACAAUCCUACUGAUAUGACAUUAUUAUAAUAUUUUGACUUUUGUUUUUAGGACUCGUUAUUAUAAUUUGAGGCUUAUCAUAAAACCACGCCCACUUUGCCUUCGGCGUGGUAUUUUUUACUUGGCCCUAAUCAAAACUAUACCAUCCACCAACCCCUUCAGUGCCGUUCACAGCCAUGUAAAUAGAGAGCCAUUCUAAUUCAUUAAAUAAAAAGAACAUUGCUGAUAAUUAAUUUCCCAAUUCAAUACCUAUCAAGUCUUUUAAUUUUUAUUUAUUGUUCCAGGCAAUAGCAGUGUCAAUCACAGAACAACCGUUCAAAUCAUUGUUGAUACGCCAUUCAAGUACGUAGUAUACUAGCUUUUUACCCGGUCCGUUGGCCGGAGAGAUUUAUUUUAUAUUUUAUAUGUUUAAAUCAUUUUGGAUCUUCUAAAUAUUUUGUAACAGAGUUUGUAGUAUGUCUAUAUUGAAAUUUCCAAUAUUUAGCACACUCACUUGUGGUGCUUCGGUUUUCGAAUCAUAAAUUAUGCCGCUGUCACGUCCCAUUUAGAACUUAUGUCAAAAUUCGUCAACCAAAACACUAAUAUUUAGCGUACGCCAACCUAAACCACACACACAUAUAUAUAGUUCAAGCUAGCGUGCGCCAGGAGUAUGUUAUACUCUUGCGUUCAUACUACCAUACGACCAUUGAGUUUUACUAUUUAGACCCGAAUUAACCGGAUUUUUUUGGGGCAUUAUACUAUACCCUAACCUCUAAUAGGUGAACUCUAGUCCCUAAUUCUGUAACCUCUAAUUUAUGCACAUACUUCGUAAUACGUAUCUUCUAUCGUAUCUUGAGUUAAAUAAAAAGCAUAGUAUACCUUGAUAUUACAUAUACAUGUAUAUAUAUAUAUAUGUAUGUGUAUGUAUAUUACACUCAAAAUUAUCUAGAGAUCUCGCUUUUACCCCCAUAACGCCAUAGAACCAUUGGGGUUGUCUAUUGUUCGAUAUAUAAUAUAAAAAAGGUAGGGAUGACGGGAUCAUAGCUCGAUAUGGUUUUAUUAUGUUCAUCUUAUCAGAGGUUAUGUUCUUUGUUGUUUUUUUUUUUGGCAUCUUUUUCAUUCUACUUUAGCACCUAUGGUUGUGAUCAGAAGUAUUUAGCCCUCGAAAGGGAUUGGGAUUUUAGGUCCUUUGGAAAUCCAAUACACAUUCAUGAUCCUCGAGUUUGGACGAACUCUCGACCAAUGUUGUAAAAAUUACGACUUUUUAGUGAGAAAUUCUUAGUAAAGAUACUUCAUUAUUGGAUUUAUUCAUCCAUAUUGAAACUUGACACACACUGUAGCCCUCAUGAUGACUAAAUUCUCUAAUCUCGACUCAUUUCCAUUUUGGAUGUUUGUUUUUUUUAUCCAGACACUUAAAUUUAGUAUAUUAUAUAAUAUGUAUCCAUUGUUAAUUUUUGAAGUUUAUACUAAACCUCAACCGGUGGUCAUUGUUUAUAUGUUGACUUAGAAUCUCAAUCUAAGGCACUCACACACACUAUCGAGGAUUUUUGGUCUUAACAUGGUCGUUGAAUGUGUAAUUUUCAAAGAUUUUAUCGCUUAUAUAUUAAUAAUUGAUAAAGAGUGUCUUCAAUACACAUAUUUUAAGUGCAUUUAAAUUGUCUUAUCAUUUGAACAAUAUCAGUGUAUUUCAUUUGAUUAUUUGCAUUAACAUAUAUUAAUUCAUUUUUCUCGAGUCUAGACGAACUGAAAACCAAUUUUGAGAAUUGAGAUUAUUGGAUAAAGAUACUUGAUUGUUGGAUAAAUAUGUUUAUCCCAAUUGACGAUCUUACUAAAAAUUGCCAACCUUUAUUUGGUAAAUGCCUAUGUUAGUAGUUGAUGAAACAUGAUGUUUAUCAUAGAUUCUGAACAAAGAUUUUUCUAACCUUCACAUCUAUUAUUUUUCAAGGAAUCUUGUGUCUCAUCCUAGGGUAUGAAGUCAAAGUUCGUCAACAAUCAUACUUAAGUCAUUUUGAAAAUUUUGAUUUAUAAUCGUCGAAGAUAACUCCAAGUCUGAAAGAAAAUUUCUUAGCAUACGACUUAGAACCUCAAUAGAGCUUGCUCAAUCAACAUGAUAUAGAGCAAAUAUUAUUAAUGUGAACUUAGGUCACAUUAUCAAAUUAUUGCACAUGCGAUUCCUCUUCAUUUGAGGAAUUUAAGAUAGAACAUGAUCUGAAUGAAUAAGAUUUUUUUUAAAAUAAAUAAUUGUAACUACUCGAUCAAGAUUAUACUCUGACAUCUUGCUAAAUAAUACUGUUUUAUUUUAUAGAUAUAUAUUGUACGAAUAAGAGAGUGUUUCAUUGCAACAAAAUAUAAAGUAAUUUAGUUUAUUUUUCAAAGGUAAUUGAAUGACAAAUGUUUAUUUUCUCUUUUUUCAUAUAUAUUUUCGUUUAAUCGAUUAAAACAUAAUUGUUUAUGUGUAUGUUUUUUUAUUUUUUCAUCAAAAUGUAACUUAUCAUUGAAUUUUAGUAAAAAUGAGUAGAAAAUUUAUUUCAUAAGGUUUAAUCAGAUAUUUUUUAUUUAAAUAAAUGUGAUAUAUGUCACUCUCUUUUUUCUUAUUUAUAUUUUGUUUAUUUAAAAAAAUUAUUAUCUAUGUGUGUUUGGUUAAGUUUAUCAACAUGUAACUUAUUGUUAAAGAUAAAAAAGAAUAAAUGAAAAAGAAUAAUUGGAUAAAAGAAAUGGAAAUAUUAAAGAAGAAAGAGGCAGCUCCAUAAAUACAUUAAUAACUAUUUUUUUGUUUGUAAAAAAGUUGCCAACUUGGCAAAUUGUGGAUCCUCCAAGUGCUUAUGUGGCAAGAAAUCUUUUUUGAAUUGCCAUAAUAUAUAGUAUAGAUAGAUAGAUAGAUAGAUAGAUAGAUAUAGAUAGAUAGAUAGAUGUGACAAAUUAUUGAAAAAAAUAUAUUUAUUUAUAUAUAUUCUGAAAAGAGGCUACCUUAUGAUCAAAUGAUAGAGAACCUACUCAGGCAGAUCAUCAUGAAUGAUAUAGAUAAUAGCAAAAAUUCUGUAAUUAACCACAAAUUCCAUAGCGGGGUAUAAUAAAAUCCUUAUCUAUAAAAAAUAAUAAGUAUAAGAAGAAAAUAACUAUUAGCUAGUAAAGGCUGUGACCCUCUUGCUCAAAUUUUCGCAUUUUUUUUAACCUGGGUACAGUCGGGUCGCGCUUCUGACAAAUUUUACUAUCAGUAAAAACCUACUUUCGUAUGACCACAGAAUUGCUGGACAACUAGCAUGCAAACUUAAUCACUCUUUCCUUUUAUUGGUAGCUCGAGAUCAGGAAUUGACUAUUUCACAUGUCUCAGUGAAGCUAACUUUCUUGCAACUGUUUAGUGCAUGAAAGGCGUACCAUGUUUUCUGACACUCAUUAUAUUAUCCUUAUAGACCUGAAUGUUCAACAUUGAUCUUUGUAUCAUCGUGUGGUAGGAUCCCUCCUUGAUUUGAGUAGACACUACAUAAAAAAGCUCCUAUGCCAAGGGUUUUGUAGCAAGGGUUUCAAACCCCUUACUACUUUUUACAGAAUUUAUUGUACCAACGUUUUGGUUCAAGGGUUAAAAUACCCUUGCUAUAGACAACCAAAUUUCAUCCGCUCCUCCGUUUCUCCAGCUGAAAUAUUUGUUUAACAAUUCAAAAUAUAAAAAAACGACACCCAAAGUUAUCCAAAGAAAAAAAAACCCUGGUUCUGAUCUCCCUCCUCACUUAUCCCGACUGAAGGGCGAUUCCGAUCUCCCUUGCUUACUCCGGCCAUCGGAUCUCCAAUCUUCCUCGCUCACUCCUGCCGGCGAUUCUCCAAUCCUCCUCGCUCACUCCGGAUGGCGAUUCUCCAACCUUCCUCGCUCGAUUAGGUUGACAGGCGAUUGUCCGAUAUCGCUCGAUUAGGUUGACAGGCUAAAGGUAAUAUUCUCCCUUGUCUCCCUCCCUGGCUCGCUCUCUGCUUUCCUCGCUUUGUUGUCCCUCCCUCGCGCCAGCGAGCUCAUUCUAGUUAGGUUAUAGAUCAAAUUUCUUAGUGUUUGUGGCUCUUAGCUUCGCUAUAUGUUCAUGGCCCUCAUCUUCCCUAUAAACUGCUCCGCACUCUCAUCCACUUGCAGAUCAUCAUCACCACCAACAUUUCCCUCUCCCGACUAUGCCGAUGAUGACAAAAACUGGUGGCAGGAGCAGCGCCAGCCGCCAGCAGAGAGGACGGUCGGGAGGGUGAAUGUGGUGUUUGGCUCCUCCUGCCAGGAGCUGAGGCAUGGGUACCGUUGAAAGCGGAGGAGGUAGAGUUUCUUCUUGACGGUGGAGACGAGUCGUUUAAUCAACGACUUCUUUUUGGGAAAUGAUGAUGUGCUCUUCAAUACUUCUGGCCUCAACCAAGACAUGGUAAUAAUUACUGUGUUAAUAAGCUCUAGAGAAGAAUAGGAAUUGCCCUCUUCUUGUGCUGCUUUAGCUGCCAUGCAUACUCUGGUUUUAUUGGAGGGGUGAUGAGAUUCUUUACUCUUUAGCAUGAUUUUUGGGGUUCAAAUGAUUUGUUAUGCGGCAUAUUCACUUAAUUUCUGGGUUUGAUUGGAUGAGAUGGGAUACGUUGCCCAGAUUACUGCAGUAAAAAUGUCAAAGUAGUGGAACCUACCCCAAUGGUAAUCGUUAUUAGUUUCUACAAAUUCCAAUGCACUUGUGUUUAUGUUCUUAUCUCACUCUACUGUGUGUUUGAUGAAUUGAAGAUAUGACCAUUCAUAUGGUCUCAUGGAUUCAAUAGGUUGGGGGAAGGUGAAGAGGAUAUUGACCCCAUGCUAUUGGCUUUGCUUUGCUAGUACAUGUUCUCUCACAUAUUUUGUAUAUUAUCUCCUUUUCUGAACAUAUUUAUCUUCUCUUGUAGCAAUAAUUUGAGAAUAGAAUCAGGUAUCUUGAAGUACAAAAGACUGAAGGGAAAAAUCCUUAUCCUCACAAGACACGAGGAUGGACGAGGGUGCAAGAUGUAUGGAACAUGGAUGCAAGUGAAAUGAUCGAAUUGGAGAUUGAUGAAUUUGGAGUUUCGUGUGGUAGCGAGUCAUCUCUGUUUGCAUCCUUUCUUGAGACGAUUCAAAGAAAACAACACCUCGACUCCACUAUCGAUAGAGCAUUCGAAAAGAAGAGAGUUCAAACCAUUUCACCAACAUAUAAUGAAAAUCACCAAGGUAAAGAGCAAUGUGUUUAAUUUUUACGGUUUUUGUUGCAUUCUAAAGUUUACAUGUGAGCUGAAGUCCAAUGUGUUUAUUUUUUCAACCAUGUCUGUUACUGUUAGUUUUUUGUAAGAGAAAAUGCCCUUGCUGGUGAGGAUGAAUGUGAUGUUGAAGCCCUUUUGAUGUCUCAACUAAUAUUUUUUUUUUACUACUUGAGAGAUCCAUGUCUGUUUGCAGCUAUCAUGUCUAGCUCUCUCUCUGUUUUCCUUCCCGGCCUUAGAGAUUCUGUAGCCAAGUUAACGUAAACGAACAAAUCCAGAUGCAUGCAACAAUAUUUUUAUCAAACCAUUUUAAAAGUUACUUGUUUCAUUCUAAAUCAGAUUGUAUCCCUCAUCCCUGGUAUGCAAGGCCCCAACUAACCGGCUUUGCAGAGUUCUCUACUCUCAAGAUUGAUGCUCAGGUGAGCUCUUUCUCCUUCUUAAUUUCAUUGCCGCAUAAGAACCUAGGACUGUCUAUGUGUCAGUUAGUUGUAAGUUGUGGUUGGAAAUUUCUCACCCUUUCUUGCGUUUGCUCUUCAGGUUGCAGCAUGUAGUUGUCGAUGAUGCCUGUUGUGUAGGAGAAUGCAUCGAAUAGUUUGUCAUUCAACCUGUCAAGAUAGCUACUCUUUUCAGGAAUUGUAAUGUAUUUUGUUGUUCCAUUUCUUAUAUGAAGGAUUUUGGAUCAUGAACUUCCCAUGUAGCUUUGAAUAAGGUUCUUUUGAGUACUUGGAAAAUCACGAAUGUACUAUUGUUACUUCGGUUAUGUUUGAAUGUUUAUAGUGAUUAGUAUUUAGCCAUGUAAACUCCAUUUUGGAUGAUGCUUCUUAUCAUGUUAUGAUUCAGGUUAUGAAAGGUAUUGUAUUAUGUUAUGAAUUUUACUAACAAACGUUUUAGCGAUGUAAACAUAGAUCAUAAUAGCGAUGUAAACUAGAAUUAGAUGAUUUCACGAAUCGGUAAUAGGUCAAGGAAACCUACCUCGAUCCAUGACGAGAGCGACGACGGCGACUUGAGUAGUAAUCACCGGAAUUGAGUUUCUCCCUCUUGACCCCUUUAGGUUUUAGGUUUUAGAGAUUUCUGUGACGGCUAAGAAAUUCUACGUAAUGGGUUUAGAGAGGACCAAUCCUAGGGUUUCUUUAUAUAGACCCAACAUCAGGGUAUAUUAGGAAUUUACCUUUCAUUAACCUAACCAAUAUAGGACUUACCUUAUAUAUUAAACCAUUUAAGUGAUAAUUACACUUGGGCCACAAUUAUUCCCUAGUGACCUACAAGAAUUGGGCUUACAUUCUCCCACUUGGCCCAUGUGUCAUUAUAUAUCACAAGAUCUAAUAAUAAACAUAAGUGUGCACAUCAUAAGAUAAAUCCAUUAUAAUAUUUGGUUCACCAUAAAGUCACAAUCAAGUAUGAAAGCUACAUUAGGAUCAUGGUGGUUGUAUAUCAAUUUAUCAACAUAGUCCCUCCCAUGUACCACAAAACCAGUCUCAUGCUCAAUAUGACACAUAACAAGGUAUUCAUAAUGGUCCAACAAUAAUGUCUUCCCUAAAGACAAAAAUCUUGUUCUGUUCACAUAAUGCAUAAUGUAUAUAUACUGAUCAUAAUAAAUAAAACAAGAUUCAUAAGUUUAUUCCAGAAACAAAAAUAAAUGAGCUCAAAGUGUCAAUCCAUGAAACAUAAAAUAACUUUAGUCAUGACGUCCUAUAAUUCCCAUCCUUUUGACAUGUUCAGUAAAUGUCUUAGGAGGCAAUCCUUUUGUUAAUGGAUCAGCAAUCAUAAGCUGUGUGCUAAUAUGCUCGAUCGACACCCUUUGUUUCUGAACUUCUUCCUUAACGACAAAGUAUUUCACCUCCAUAUGCUUAGAACCCUUCGAAUACUUGUCAUUCUUAGAGAAGAAUACCGCUGCAGAAUUAUCACAGUAAAUUUUCAGCAGCUUGGCGAUAGUGUCGACAAUUCCAAGUCCAGAAAUAAAAUUCCACAGCCAUAAACCAUGAUUCGUAGAUUCAUAACAAGCUAUGAAUUCAACUUCCAUAGUGGAUGUGGCAAUAACAGACUGCUUCGCACUCUUCCAUGAAAUUGCCCCUCCGGCUAGAAGGAACAAAUAGCCAAAAGUAGACUUCCUGGUGUCUACACAUCAAGCAUAAUCUGAAUCUGAAUAUCCAAUCGCCUCAAGGUUAUCAGAUCUCCUAAAGGUGAACAUGUGGUAUUUUGUUCCUUGCAGAUACCUUAGUACCUUCUUUGUAGCUUUCCAAUGAUCUACUCCUGGAUUACCUUGAUACCUGCCCAGCAUUCCGACAGCAAAACUGAUGUCUGGUUUGGUACAAGUUUGUGCAUAAUUAAAAGGGUAAAUACAAUUUAAUACCCAUACCUUUCAUUUUAAACAAUAUAAUAGCCAAACCUUUUCGAAAACAAUCUAAUAUUCAAAUUGUCAACUUUCCGUCCGUUUCACCGUUGGUUGACACUUCAAAAAAGCUUUGUUUAGGGGAAAUUGUCACAAUACAACUUUAUUUUCUUGUUUUGGCAUUGCAGAUGACUGAAUAUUUAGAUAUUCUAUACCAUCAUAGUGGAGUCAUGGACUUCUCGGGUUUGAAACCACGAUAUGUUGGUGGUUUUUCAGAGAAGAUAUUGAUGGAUAUUGAUGAAGCGUCAUACUUCGAACUUUUUUGAAGUGUCAACUAACGGUCAAACGAACGAAAAGUUGACGAUUUGGAUAUUAUAUUGUUUUCGAAAAGGUUUGGCUAUUAUAUUGUUUAAAAUAAAAAGUUUGGAUAUUAAAUUGUAUUUACCCUAAUUAAAACUCCCAACAAUAGAUUCAUAAGGGAUGUGUUCCAUUUGCUUGCGUUCCAAUUCAUUCUUUGGACAUUGUUUGAGACGAAAUUUAUCUCCCUUCUGAAUUGGAACGACAUUUGCAGAGCAUUCAACCAUGUUGUAUCUCUCUAGGAUCCGGUUAAUGUAUGAUUUCUGAGACAAUCCCAACUCGGGAUGGCAAUGGGUAGGGUCGGGUGCGGGUUUACCCUAUACCAACUCCUAACCCGCCGGGUAGAGCCUCCUAAAAUACCCGGCCAAAUAACCACCGGGUAUGAAAAUGAUGUAACCAUACCCUACCCACCGGGUAACCAUGGGUACGAAUCCUAAAAUAUGAACUUAUACACAUAUAUGCACAUACAUACUGUUGUCUAGGGUGGCUAUUUGGACCGGGACCGGAUUAAAAACCGGAAACCGGACCAAGACCGGACCGGGACCGGAUAGUAAACAAUCCAAUCCAAUCUUUGGGCUUAGAUUUGAGGUAAAAAACCGGAUAAAGACCGGAUAAGAGAGCUCAACACCCAAAACUUAAGGGUAAUUUGCAUAAACGGUCACAAACCUUUGCACUUAGUACAAAACUUAACCAACUCCUCACCCUUUAAGGCCUUAGGCCACUCAAAUCCCACAAUAUCAAUGUAAAAUCAAGACCGAAUUGGGACCGGACCGGAUCAAAACCGGACCGGAUCAAGACCGGACUGUAUCCAAUCCAAUCUUUGGUCCUUAUAUUUUCAAAAAGACCGGACUGGACCGGAUCAAUUUGGGCCAAUUUAACCGGACCGGACCGUAUAGCCACCCCUACUGUUGUCCAUUAAAAAUUCUCCAUACUUUAGCUAUUCUAGCUUCAAUAAUCCAGACAAAUAAAAACAGCAAACACAU